ACAUUUCUCGCCGGAUUCAAAAGUCAACAGGGAGUGACUUUCAAAAAAUACAAUUAUAAAGUUUAAGAAACAAAAAAUUAAGUUUAUUACCUACUACCCGUUAAAUGGCGACAUCAGUGAUCAAUACCUACUCUGAUCCUUCCCUACCGGAGUGGAUGAGCGCCCCUCAUAGUACGGGAACUUCAAUCAUGGCAUGCGAGUUUGAUGGUGGAGUCGUCAUUGGAGCUGAUUCCCGUACCACAACAGGCGCUUACAUAGCCAAUCGAGUCACCGACAAGCUGACGAAAAUCACGGACCAGAUAUACUGCUGCCGCUCAGGAUCCGCUGCCGACACUCAAGCCAUAGCUGAUAUUGUAACAUAUCAUUUGAACUUCCACAAGAUGGAAUUAGGAGAUCCACCACUAGUGGAAACUGCUGCAGCAAUAUUCCGAGAGCUCUGUUACAACUACCGUGACUCAUUGAUGGCUGGUAUUUUAGUUGCUGGAUGGGACAAAAAGAAAGGAGCUCAAAUUUACUCCAUACCUAUUGGUGGUAUGGUGCAGCGCCAAGCGGUGUCAAUUGGGGGCUCCGGAUCCUCCUACGUCUAUGGCUACGUUGACGCCAAUUUCAAGCCCAAUAUGACCAAGGAAGAAGCCAAAAAAUUUGUUACGGACACACUGACAUUGGCUAUCCUUCGUGAUGGCUCUUCUGGUGGUGUUGUCAGACUCGGAGUAAUUACUGAAGCUGGUGUGGAACGCUCUGUUAUUCUUGGAGAUCAACUUCCCAAAUUUUAUGAAGGUUAAUUAUAUUUUUGUAAUUUUUUAAGAUUAAUAAAAGAAUGAAAAAACAAAA